AUGAAGAUUGUCCUCAUCUUGUCGGUCCUCGCGGCGGCGGCCCAGGCCAAGAUCACGAGCUCGGCGCUUCGCAAGCUCGAGCAGGAGCAGACGUUCACGGCAUUUGUGACCUUCAAGCCGUCGGCGACGACGGGCCUUGAGAGCCUCGAAUCGACGCCGAUUGGUGAGCGCCGCGAGGUUGUCUACUCGGCGCUCUCGGCCGCUGCGGUCGAGCACAAGGAAACACUCUCCAGCGUCGUCGGUGACCGCAAGGUCAAGGCGUUCUGGAUCACCAAAGCCGCGACGGUCGAGAACGUUGACCGCGCGCUCGCCGACAAGAUCGCCAAGCUCGACAACGUCCUCAAGGUCGACGUCGUCAAGACGAUCAAGGAAAGCCCGGUCCUCACCAAGAAGGACGAUGGCGCCGAGAACUCGCCCGCGGAUAACUCGCGCCCGACUGGCAUCCAGUGGGGUGUCACGACGAUCGGCGCCACCGAUGUCUGGAAGACGACCAAGGGCGAAGGCAUCAUCAUCGGCUCGAUCGACUCGGGUGUCCGCCACACGCACGAAUCCAUCAAGUCCAAGUGGCGCGCGGCCAAGGGCUGGUACGACCCGUACUACCAGACGGCGGAGCCCAACGAUUUCAGCGGCCACGGCACCCACACGAUUGGCACAUGGUCGGCGACUACGGCAUUGGGCAGCGGCACCAACGCGGCCUUGAUCGAGUGCGCCGAGUUCAUGAUGUGCCCGACCGAGACGGACGGGUCGCACCCCGACUGCAAGAAGGGCGCCAACGUCGUCAACAACUCGUGGGGCAGCGACUCGAGCUCGGAUCCGUGGUACCAGGACGUCGUUGACGCGUGGCACAAGGCGGGCAUUACGCCCAUCUUUGCCAACGGCAACGAAGGCCCUGCCUGCGCGACCGCCGGCAACCCGGGCAGCUACCCCAACGUCAUCGCAGUCGGUGCGAUUGGCUCGCGCACGGACGACCCGACGCAGCUCGCGUACUUUUCGUCCAAGGGCCCGGCCAAGUACGUCGACCGCUUGAACCAGGUGCACACGAUCGUCAAGCCCGACGUCUCGGCGCCCGGCUUCUUCACGUACUCGGCCGUCAACUCGAGCGACACGUUCUACGACUACAAGGCGGGCACGUCGAUGGCGGCGCCGCACGUCGCCGGUGUCGUUGCUUUGCUCAAGUCGGUGCAGAAGGACUUGACGUACGACGAGAUCUACCACUUCCUCACGACGACGACGGAGCAGGCGAUCUUGCAGGCCGAGCCGGAGAAGUGGCUUCUCACGCGCAACCGCACGCUUCCGGGCGCGCCCAACUGCGGCGGUGUCGACGACAAGGUGUGGCCCAACAACCGGUAUGGUUACGGCCGCGUCAACGUCGCUAAGAUCAUCAAGGACGGCAAGCUCCCGGCCGCCCCGGCGACGCCCGCCCCGACUGCGGUGCCCACACCGGCCGAGUUCUCGCUCUGCAACUACAAGCACAACCUUCUCUCUGAGUGGAACGGCCAGCUCUUUGUCGACACGGAGAAGAAGAACUUGAACGAAAAGUUCUGGUACAACUUUGACGACAAGUCGAUCCAGUCGCAGAGCAGCAACACGACGUGCCUCGACGUGUACCAGGACACCCAGGGCGCCAACAAGCUCCGCCUCUACACCUGCACGGGUAGCUCGGCGCAGAAGUGGGACUUCGAGCCCAACUCGCACAGCCUCCGCCACUUGACCGUGCGCAAUCUCUGCCUCGAGUCGGCCCACGCCACGCCCGGCGCUGCCCCGUUCGUCGCUGAGUGCACGGGCGGUGUCAGCCAGUGGUUUACCAAGUGCCAAGACGCGCCGGCGGCCAAGAGCUACGUCAAGCUCAUCACCAAGGACCAGAAGGUUUUCUCCGAGUUUUACUCGGGUCUUUACGCCAACUGGGCCUCGGACACCACCAACGAGCUCUUCACCUACGACGCUGCGGCCAAGACGCUCCAGGCGGCUAGCAACGGCGAGUGCCUCGACGCCUUCCGCGACGGCGACAAGUUCGGUCUCCACACGUACGCCUGCGACGCCACCAACGGCAACCAGAAGUGGAUCAUCGAUGCCGGCAACCACAAGAUCAAGCACGCGACGCACAACAACUUGUGCUUGGACGUGGACCCGACCAACCCGGCGCACGCGGCGCAGGUCUGGGAGUGCCAUAACUGGAACACCAACCAGUGGAUCGACGCUGUCGCGUACUAA